GCGAACGAAAUCAAACAAUUUUUAUCACAUAUUUUGGAACGAAGAAAAUUGGUCAAAGUAAUCAAUAAUAAAGAAAAUGUCUUAGAAAAAAAGAAGAAUCAACAUAAAUUGAGAAUAAAAGGAGUUCAAAGUAAAGAUCUCUCAAAAACAUAUCAAAAUUAUUUAAGAAAGCAAGCAAAGAAAAAUUUCAGAGGUGAAGGCGAGCAGCUGUUUAAGAUGGGCAUCAAGAUUCUCCAGCAGUCUAAAAGCCAAAAACAAAAAGCAGAAGCCUACAUACUCUUUGCCAAAGCAGCUGACAUGGGAAACAUGAAAGCUAUGGAGAAAAUGGCUGAUGCUUUGCUAUUUGGAAAUUUUGGCAUGCAAAAUAUAACAGCAGCUAUCCGAUUAUAUGAGUCUUUGGCUAAAGAAGGAUCAUAUAAAGCCCAAAAUGCAUUAGGAUUUUUGUCUUCUUAUGGAAUAGGAAUGGAAUAUAAUCAAGCCAAGGCACUGAUAUAUUAUACCUUUGGAAGUGCUGGAGGAAGCAUGAUGUCUCAGAUGAUAUUGGGUUACAGAUAUUUGUCAGGAAUCAAUGUUCUACAGAAUUGUGAAGUUGCCCUCUAUCAUUACAAGAAAGUGGCAGAAUAUAUUGCUGAAAAACUGGAAAGAAAUGAAGGUAUCCCAGUGGAAAAAGUCAGACUAACUGAGAUACCUGAAAAUCUGCGUUCUAACAGUGGGAUUCUGGAUUGGGACAUAUACCAAUACUAUAAAUUUUUGGCAGAAAGAGGAGAUGUACAGAUACAAGUUUCUCUUGGACAAUUACAUCUGAUUGGGGGGAAAGGUCUAGAUCAGGAUUACUACAAAGCACUAUACUACUUUUUAAAGGCAGCAAAGGCUGGAAGUGCAAAUGCCAUGGCAUUUAUAGGAAAGAUGUAUUUAGAAGGUAAUGAUGCAGCACCACAAAAUAAUGCUACUGCUUUCAAAUACUUUUCCAUGGCAGCCAAUAAGGGCAAUGCAAUUGGUCUUCAUGGGCUUGGCCUUCUUUAUUUUUAUGGAAAAGGAGUUCCUGUGAAUUAUGCCGAAGCACUUAAAUAUUUUCAGAAAGCUGCAGACAAAGGAUGGCCCAAUGCACAGUUUCAAUUAGGCUUCAUGUACUACUCUGGCUCUGGAGUAUGGAAGGAUUAUAAACUUGCCUUCAGAUACUUUUACUCAGCAUCUCAGAGUGGACAGCCCCUUGCCAUUUAUUACCUGGCUGAGAUGUACGCAACAGGAACAGGAGUGCUGAGAUCAUGCAGAACUGCUGUGGAGCUCUAUAAAGGUGUCUGUGAACUAGGCCACUGGGCUGAGAAAUUCCUGGCAGCAUACUUUGCCUAUAAGGAUGGUGAUAUAGAUUCUUCUCUUGCUCAGUAUGCACUACUUGCAGAAAUGGGCUAUGAAGUAGCUCAGAGCAAUUCAGCAUUCAUUUUGGAAUCUAAAAAGGCUAAAAUUAUUGAAAAAGAGAAGAUGUAUCCGAUGGCACUUCUCCUGUGGAACCGAGCUGCCAUUCAAGGCAAUGCAUUUGCUAGAAUAAAAGUUGGAGAUUACCAUUACUAUGGCUACGGGACUAAGGAGGACUAUCAAACAGCAGCCACACAUUACAGCAUUGCAGCUCACAAAUACCACAACGCACAAGCCAUGUUCAAUCUGGCUUAUAUGUACGAACACGGAUUAGGUGUCUCAAAGGACAUUCACUUAGCCAGGAGAUUAUAUGACAUGGCUGCUGAAACAAGUCCCGACGCUCAGAUACCUGUAUUCCUGGCCCUCAUGAAACUGGAAACUGUGCAUUUGCUCCAAGAUAUCUGGUUUUUUAAUUUUACAAUGAGAUGGAAAUGGAUAAAACUGGACAAUAACCUUGGAUCAUACUGGGAUUUAUUUGCGAUUGGCCUAAUUAUUGCUACACUGAUGUUCUUGCUUAGAAAUCGGUACAGGUGUCCGGAAUGUGAGUACAACACAGACAAGGAUAAAAGCAAAGAGGAGAGUGUGAAAGGCACAGUGGGUGAGACCUGGCUCCAAGCCUGGAUGGAGCAAAGGCUUGUCAUUCAGAUGUCCAUUCUGGGCCUCUUCUCUGGAGCCACUGCUGUGACAGCUCCCGUUACCAUGGAGCCUGGAUGGGCACCUGCUGGCACCUGGGCGACCUCGUGA